UGUAGUCCUGGGAGGGACUUCGUGGGUUACUUGAAGUACAGAGAAACAACAGGUGGUAAAAAUACAGGCUGGAGGAGCUGCUGAAACGAUGAACAAAGAUGGCUUUACUAGAACUGUACACGAAGUUUAACAGAGUGUGGAUACCAGACACAGAACAUGUGUGGAAGUCCGCUGAAAUCACAAGAGAUUUCCAUCCUGGUGAAAAUGCCCUUGGAUUACUUCUGGAAGAUGGCACUGAGCACCAGUACCCUGUUGACCCAUCUGAACCCAGCCUCCCUCCUCUACGAAACCCGGACAUACUGGUGGGUGAGAAUGACCUCACAGCUCUCAGCUACCUCCACGAGCCUGCAGUCCUGCAUAAUCUCAAAGUGCGAUUUGUUGAAUCCAGGAUCAUCUAUACCUACUGUGGGAUUAUUCUAGUUGCUGUAAAUCCUUAUAAACAGCUUCCCAUCUAUGGAGAUGCAAUCAUUAAUGCCUACUCUGGGCAGAACAUGGGCGACAUGGACCCCCAUAUAUUUGCUGUGGCAGAGGAAGCAUAUAAGCAGAUGGCCAGAAAUCACAAGAACCAGUCUAUAAUUGUGAGCGGAGAGUCUGGAGCUGGUAAAACGGUGUCGGCUCGAUAUGCGAUGAGGUACUUCGCUGUUGUGAGCAAAUCUGGGAGUAAAACGCGAGUUGAGGACAAAGUGUUGGCAUCUAAUCCAAUAACAGAGGCAAUAGGAAAUGCAAAAACCACUCGAAAUGACAACAGCAGCCGAUUUGGAAAGUACACAGAGAUCAGCUUCGACAGGAGGUACCGGAUCAUUGGAGCCAACAUGAGGACUUACCUAUUAGAGAAAUCCAGAGUAGUUUUUCAGGCAGAGAAUGAGCGUAAUUAUCAUAUAUUCUACCAAAUGUGCUCUUGUGCAGAGUCAUCAGAGUUCAAGAGUCUGAGACUGUCAAGUGCAGAUAAAUUCAGGUACACCUGUAUGGGAGGUGACAUCGCCAUUGACGGUGUAGAUGACAAAAAGGACAUGGAAGAGACUCGACGGACCUUUUCACUGCUGGGUUUGAAAGAAGAUUUUCAGUCAGACAUAUUUAAAGUCCUAGCAGCAAUUCUUCAUCUGGGGAAUGUUGAGAUCAAAAGUUUGGGAGAUGACCGAUCAUCGGUUCCACCCAGAGAUCCCCAUCUUGCCAUUUUGUGUGACUUGUUGGGCGUGAGGUCAGACAUGCUGGUGCGCUGGCUGUGCCAUCGACGAAUCGUUCUGGUGGCUGAGACGGUUGUGAAGCCGGUGGCCAGAGAGCGAGCGCUAGCUGCCAGAGAUGCUAUGGCUAAGCAGAUCUACGCCCAUCUCUUUGACUGCAUCAUCAGCAGGAUCAACACAGCACUGCAAGUUCCUGGAAAGCAGCAUGCUUUCAUAGGUGUUCUGGACAUUUAUGGCUUUGAAACGUUUGACAUUAACAGUUUUGAGCAGUUUUGCAUCAACUACGCCAACGAGAAGCUCCAGCAGCAGUUUAACUUGCAUGUUUUCAAGCUGGAGCAGGAGGAGUACAUGAAAGAAGACAUUCCCUGGACACUGAUAGAUUUCUAUGACAACCAGCCCGUCAUCGACCUGAUUGAAGCCAAGAUGGGGAUCCUCGAUCUGCUUGAUGAAGAAUGUUUAUUCCCUCAAGGAACCGACCAGAGCUGGCUGCAGAAGCUGUACAACUACCUGGAUGCCAAUCCUUUAUUUGAGAAGCCCAGGUUAUCAAAUGAGGCGUUUGUGAUUCAGCACUUUGCUGACAAGGUGGAAUAUCAGUGCAGAGGUUUUCUUGAGAAGAACCGAGACGCCCUUUAUGAAGAACUUGUUGACACAAUGAGAGCCAGUAAGGUGAUCAAGUUUUCUUUUCUGGGAAAUUUUUUCCAAGAGGAGCAAAAAGCAUCGAGCAGUAAAAGUGUUAAAGUGAAGCCAGCCAGGCCUUCAGUGAAACCAGCCAAUAAGCAGCUGAGAACAUCUGUGGGAGAUAAGUUCUGCAGCUCCUUGUCUUUACUGAUGGAAACUCUGAACGCCACCACCCCUCACUAUGUCCGCUGCAUUAAGCCUAAUGAUGAAAAGCUUCCUUUUGAGUAUGACUCUGGGAGAGUGGUACAGCAGCUGCGAGCAUGCGGAGUCCUUGAAACCAUCCGGAUCAGUGCGCAGAGCUACCCAUCCAGGUGGACAUACAUUGAGUUUUACAGCCGAUACAGUAUCUUGAUGUCGCAUGUAGAGGCAGACCGCAGUGACAAGAAGCAAACCUGCAAAAAUGUGCUGCAGAGGCUGAUCCAGGAUUCCAACCAGUACAAAUUUGGCCGUACAAAGAUCUUCUUCCGAGCUGGUCAGGUAGCUUAUCUAGAGAAGCUUCGUCUGGAUCGACUUCGAGGAGCCUGUGUGAGCAUUCAGAAACACGUUCGUGGAUGGAGCCAGAGGAGGAAGUACCUAAAGAUGAGGGAUGCUGCCAUCAUCCUUCAACAGUACAUCCGAGGAAAGCGGAUGAUCCGGAAAACGGUGAGUGCUGCAACACUGAAGCAGGGCUGGGCUUCUGUGGUGAUCCAGAGACACUGGAGAGGAUACCGCAUGAAGCGGAUCUACCAGGUGGUCCGCACGGCCUCCGUCACCAUCCAAGCCUUCACACGGGGCUGGAUGGCCAGAAAACGCUACAAGAAGAUGAUAGAGGAGCGCAAAGCUCUGAUUCUACAGAAGUACGCCAGAGCGUGGCUGGUGCGCCGGCGUUUUCAAACCAUGCGUCGGCUGGUGCUCAACGUCCAGCUCUCUUACAGAGUUCAGCAGCUCAGGAAGAAGAUCGAAGAGCAGAGUAAAGAGAAUCGUGGCUUGAUGGAAAGGCUGACCAGUUUGGCCAACUCCAAUUCUCAAACUGUGGACAGACUGCAAGGCCUGGAAAUACAGCUGGAAAAAGUGACCAAUCAGAAGGUUUCUCUGGAGGAAAGCGAGAGGAGAUCAAAGGAGGAAGCAACUCUAAUGAUCACUCAGCUUCAGAAGGAAAUGGAGUCCCUGAGUCUCGGAAAGCAGAUGUUGGAGAAAAAGUUUGAAGCUUCUAUCAGAGAAUCUAAAGAGAAAUUUGAUCAAGUCAAAAGAAGUCUUCUGGACGAGAAAGAAAAUGAAGCCAGACUUAGAAAGAUUGCGGAGAACAACUCUGAGAUCCAGAAACAGGACCACGAGAAGGAGGUGGAAGCUCUAAAGGAGGAGAUAAAGAGACUAAAGGAGGACAGAGUUGGUCUGCAGAGGAGGAUAGAGGAGGGGGUGCAGGUGAACUCUGACCUGCAGGAGCAGGUCGUUCAGCUCACCAAACACGUCAAGGUGAUUCCUGAGCUGCGCAGAGAUCUGAACAACCUCCAGAACCAGAGGAACAACCUCGACCGUCAGAUGAAGGAGCAGUCGGAACAAGCAACAGCUAAGGUUAAGAGGACUGUGAGACAGAUUCUUGGUGGUCUUGUAGAAGAGGAGAAGCUUUUGGGGCUAACUCCACACGACUCUGAGAUUUAUGAACCAGAUGAUCUGCUGAAGGCUUUCGAGGGGCUGCAAGAAGCCACCAGGAUUCUGGAAAACCACCAGAAGGAGCAGAAGGAGAGCUAUGAAGCUCGAUUGGAGGGUUUGAUACUAAAAAUGGACCACCUUCAAAAUGAGAACGGCAAGCUGCAAAAUCUGUUCCAGGAAAAAAGUAACGUCAACGAAAAUAUUCGCCAGGAAGUGUCGAGGCUCAGCAGCGAGAACUCUGUGAUACCGGAGCUGAAACAGCAGGUUUCUGAGCUGCAGAGACAAAAGCAGGAGCUGGAAGGCCUCAUCAGGGAUCAGAGCCAAGAGUUAGCAGAGAAAAACGUGGAGAUAAGGAACGUUCUUCACAGGAAGAUUACAGAAGAAAGCUCACAGCGCAGGUACUUUGAGGAGAAAGCCAAAGAGCUGGAGGAGGCAAAAGGAGAGCUCCAAGGGAGGAUCGAGGAGCUGGUGGAGGAGAAUGCUCACCUGAAGAGGCAGCAGCUGAUGGAGGGAGAAGCAAAGAACAAACUGAGGGAGGAGACGUCACGCUUGACUGCUGAGAACAUGGACUUUGAAGAGCAGCUGGACCAGAAAGACCGACUGAUAAAGAAACUCCAGAAUCAAAUAAAGUGUCUGGAGACAUCACAGAAAGGUAGAGCUGCAGAUUCUACAACAGGUUGUCUUUUAAUUGAAUGUUUUUUAUUUAUUCAUUCAUCUUUUGCUCAUGCAGCAAAACAAAACACAACAUCCAUUAUUCCCAAAGAAUUCCUCGGCAUGUUGGAAUACAGGAGAGAGCACGAACCACGGCUCAUUCAGAACAUCAUCCUUGACCUGAAACCCAAAGGGGUGGUGGUGAGUAUGAUCCCCACCCUGCCCGCUCACAUCCUGUUCAUGUGCGUGCGGCAUGCAGAUUACCUGAACGACGACACCAAACUCAAGUCUCUGAUGAACGCGAUCAUUACUGCCAUCAAAAAGGUCGUCAUGGUGAGGAAAACCCUCCAUCCUCUGUCCAAGACCCCUGGACCUGUAUGGCAUUCUCACCACAGAAACAUGGAGUUGUUGUCCUUCUGGCUCUCAAACACAUACCAGCUGCUCAACUGUCUGAAACAGUACAGUGGAGAGGAGGAGUUCCAGAAACAGAGCACCCCUCGGCAGAAAAAGAACUGUUUGCAGAACUUUGAUUUGUCCGAACACAGACAGAUUCUCAGCGACCUGGCCAUACACAUCUACCACCAGCUCAUCAGGGUCAUGCAGAAGACUCUCGCUCCCGCUAUUGUUCCUGGAAUGCUGGAGCACGAGAGUCUACAGGGAAUUUCCAGCAUGAAACCGACGGGUUUCAGAAAACGCUCCAACAGCGUUUACAACGAGGCUGAGAGCUACACCAUCUCCUCCAUCCUGCAGCAGCUCUCCAACUUCCACGCCGCUAUGAGCCACCACGGCAUGGAGAGGUGCCUCAUCAAACAGUCCAUCAAACAGCUGUUCUUCCUGGUGAGCGCCACCACCUUUAACCAAAUCAUGCUCCGCAAAGACAUGUGCUCCUGCAGGAAAGGGAUGCAGAUCAGAUGUAACAUUAGUUAUCUAGAGGAGUGGCUGAAGGAGAAGGAGCUACAGAGCUCUAAUGCCAUCGAUACGUUGAGGCCGCUGGCUCAGGCUGCCUGGCUGCUGCAAGUCAACAAGUCCACUGAUGAGGACGCUAAAGAGAUCGCUGACAAUUGCACCGAGCUCAGCCCUGUUCAGAUUGUCAAGAUUCUGAAUUCCUACACGCCCAUAGAUGAUUUUGAGAAAAGAGUAACAUCAUCAUUUGUCCGCAGAGUUCAGUCGUUACUGCAGGACCAUGAAGGGUCUUCACAGCUGAUGCUGGACACAGAUCAUCGUUUCCAGGUCACGUUUCCUUUCUGUUCCUCCUCCAUGGCUCUCGAGUUGCUGCAGGUCCCGAGCAGCCUUCAGCUGGACUUCCUGACCAAGAUCUGACCUUUGACCUUUCACUCUUCAUGACUUGCUGAUUCUCCAGUGGCCUUUGUUUAAAGAAUUUUUAAUAUAAAUGUAAGAAGGAUUUAGAAAUACUGAAGUAAUUUUCUUCUCAGUGAUCUAGAUUCAAAAGAUGUUUCGUUUUAGCUUUUAAGUAAAUAAACUUGCAGUUUUGUCACGCCAUUUUUAGGUCUUAAUUACAUGUGUGUGUGUGUGUGUAUUAUAACAGUUUAUAUCAAUGCUUUAUAAAUUUUAUUGAUUUCAUUAGAUUUCAGUCAGUUGGACAGUAAAAUUGUUGCUUUAUCAUCAUGAUUAAUCUUUAACACCUCAAACAGGUGUGUUAUAGCAACCCAAUGCUACAUUUUGUUUAUGUACGGCAAAAUUAUUUCUAUAAAGUGAUUAAAAACCUUGUUUUUA